AAAAAGAGAGGAAUUGAUACUCCUGAACACUCUUCGAAGAAGAUGUGACAAAGUGGAAUAAAGUAAGUCCCUUUCGAAGUCAAAAUUGAUUUAAUCUUUUCCCCUCUUUAGUCCGACACCACAAUCAAAGUCAUCGAAGUUGCUGAGAAAAAGAUUGAUUCUAGCAUCUGAAUUGAGAGGGAAAGGAAGAUGAAACAUGGUUAUGAAAAACGCAAAGUUCCCAGCGAACAAGCUUCUCUUGAUCAUUCUCAGAGAAACUCAAGUGUCAACAAAACUGCAACUGAUAAAGAAACAAUGUUGAAAAUUAGCAAAAAGCGUCGAGAGCACAUGAAGAUCAAGUCUGCAAGCGCACAUUCCCAUAUAGGGGAUGAUGUGUCAAAGGGUACUGAAGACAGUAAUGCUGACUUUGGGAAACAACCGACACCUUCAUCAACUUUCAGACCAUCAAUGACAACUAUCUCUGAGGAUCAAAUAGCAGUCCACCCUCGUCUUGAAAAAGAUAAUGUCAAUCAUGAAGAAGAUGAUGCAGAAAAAGACGAAGUCUCGUCUCCGUUCGAAGGUGAGAAAGGUCAGGUGCCUCAUUAAUCUUGUUAUGAAAACAAUUCAGAACAUAAUGAAAUCGAUGGGAAU